UUCCCGCUCGUUGAUUAUGAUAGCCGAAUCACAAAAUACAUGAAAAACCGAUUGUUUAACAUUAAAACAUAAACAUUACUACCUCAGACCUCUUAAAUGUUAUACUGUAAAACAUAAAUUAACAAAUACCUUUAUUAAUGGAUCAUUAGUAAGCAGUUAAUUGAAAAUAACGCUCAAAAAAUGUCUUCUUUAUCAACUGAAGCUUCAGUAGGAACUGAUGUGAGUGAUGUAGUUGACAUAUUGACUGGCCUUCAGUUAGGCGUCAUAUCUCAAGACUAUGUGGACCAAGUUAUGAGUAGCCAUUAUAGUUAUUACAAAUUUCCUGAAUCGUACGAAUUAAUUGUCAUGCCAGAUAUUGAUUUUCCAUCAAUUAUAAAUGAUGCUUGUGAGUUAUUAAACGUUUAUUUACAACAACCAUCUACACAUAUAUUAUGGGAUCAAUUUUUUAGUGAUGAUUCAUGCUAUGUACAUCCAAAACCAUUAAGUUGUUUACUCAAUUGUUACAUUCAUCAUGGACUAAAAUUUAUAAAUGAACCAAGUGCUAGAAAAAAUGGAUUGUCUGCUACACGUUUAUUUUUUUUAGCAUCUACAUUUAUGGGUAGUAAGAAUAUUGGAUUUUAUCACAUUAGCAUACUUACAAAAUGCACUGAGUUAGUUAAAUCUUGUAUUGCCAUGUUACAUAUCACCGGAGGUAUAAAUAGUGGCGAUGAUGUACCAUUGGAAGAAGAUGAAAAGAUGGAUUUAAUGGCUGAUUUAUUGGCUAUUGUUAGAACCAUAGCAAUAAUGGUCAAACGAUUUCAAUUCUUUGAUGAAAUUAGUUCUUUAGAUAUGAUUAUAGAUAUAAUGAUAGAUGUAACCCAUUUAGAACGAAAUUCUGGCAAUAUUUUAGAACAAGUGCCUACUGAAAACUUAAGCUAUGGUAUAUUAGCAUUCAAUGCAUAUUCGGGUUUGACAGAUAUGUUUAAUGACAACUGUGGAUCAACACUUGUUAUAGGCCAAAAACUUAUGCAUUGUAUGUUAUUAGGUUUAUUAGUUGAUGGACAGCGUGAAAUGCAAUUGACUACUAGGCAAUUUAAUACAAUUCGUGAUCAUCAUUUGUCAUUUAUUCGUAAAAUAACAAGAAAAUUGGGAUCUCCAUUUGAGCCUGUAUUAGAAAUACUAUUGCAACAUUUAUUACAUCGAGGACCUGAACGUAGUGAAUUAAGACCCCGCCAAUUUCAAAUUAUAUUAGAGGUUUGGAGAUUAUGCCCAAAUAAUGUUCGAAUUAAAAUUAAAUAUUAUUUAUUACGUAUGGUAUAUGAUGUAGAUAUUAAAAUACGUAUUGUCGCAUUGGAGACUCUUUUCAAAUUACUUUCAGAACCUGAAGAAAUCGAACCUGAAGAUCCAACUUUAUUACAAUUUAUGCCAGCAACUAAACAUGAGUUUAUUGUUGCUGUAAUUCUUUCUAAAUUUCAAGAUUUAUUAUUAACAGUUCGUUCAAAAGCGUUUUCAUUAUUUGCGACUUUGACAGCAGGUCCACCUACUGCUACUGCACAUCAAACAGCAUUAGCCAAACGUGUGCUUGUUGAUCCUUACCUUAAACAUGAUAAUUUAAAUCAUACAUCAUUCUGUAAAAAAGAUUUUCAUGAUUUUUAUCAAUAUUUGGAUAGUAAUAUGGCCAAUUUUGAUCCAAAUAAUAUAAGCAAUUUAAAUAUUUAUCCCGGUGCUAAAAUAUUAUUGUGGGUGUUAAAUGUACAUGCUCGUGAUGAACGAGCUUAUAUUCGUCGUAUAAGUCUUACACUCUUGUGUAAUUUAUUUCUAAUUAAUAAUAAGUUAAUGGAAAAAUAUUAUUUAACAUUAUUAGUAAGUAGUUGUUCAGAUAAUGCAAUGACCAUCAGAAAAGUGGCAGUUUCUGGGUUAACUGAUUUGCUUUUGAAAUAUCCUGAUAAUCAAGAUGUGCUUAAGUAUUGGUUUAAAGGAUUAAUUCAUUUAGUUGGAGAUCGAGAUAAAAAAAUUCAAGAAUUGACAGUUGAAUCUAUGAAUAGAGUUAUCUUGAACAAUAUCAAACCAUACUCUGCUAAAUUAAUUGAUGAUAAUGAUCCGUUAGACUAUUUACCAUGGCGUGUUUUAGACAAUGCUUUAAAUGAAAAUGUAUUCAAGUACAUGCAGUGCUUAUGUGAAAGGUGGCGCAUUAAUGGAUUCCUUACAGAUCGUAAUGUGAAGGACAUAAUGACAUAUGUGGGUUCUUCAAAUCAUGAAUGGACUGUGCACAGCUUAUAUUUGUUACAGUUAAUAUCCCAACAAUUAACAAUUAAUAAUUUAUCACCUAUCAUUAAAUAUUUUGAUGCACAAUUUGAUACAUGGUUUGUAAGAGAAGAAAAUCCUUCUGAACUGAACAUUUUGUUAACACAUGCACAAAUUACAAUUGAUAUAUUAUCUUUAAAUUAUAAACGGUUGGACAAAGAUACAAAACAAAGAUUGUCAAGCACAUUUGAAGAACUUUUGUUUUCUUUUAAAAUACCAACUCGUCUUAUAUCUAAAUCUUUGGAUUUAUAUACAGUGUUACAUAAAGAUAAUUCUGAAAAACUGAAUUCCGGUUUGAAAAAACUGUUUCAUGUGAUUUGUAAUUGUAUCGAGACAUCUACAAAUAUGGAUAAUGAAGAGAUUAUUAUUCGAUAUAUAUGUACUCUAGGUGACAUUGGUUUAUCACAACAUUUACAAAUCAAACCCAAAUUUCAACAAUAUUUGUUAGACUUUUUAGGAAAACAUGAUGAAUCCGUCUCUUCUGCUUUAAAAACUAUUGUUAUCUUAACAAUUGGUAAAUUAAGUAUUGUGGAUGAACAAUUUGCAAAAGAAGCAAUAGUUCUGUAUGGAACAAUAUUGAAAAAUCCAUACCAUCCAUCAAUAAAAAUUAAUGCUUUAACUGCUUUAGCUGAUUUAUGUUUACGCUGUACAACUUUGGUAGAACAAGCUAUUCCAGAAAUGUGUGUUUGCUUGAAAGCUGAAAGUGUUCCUGUCAAAAGAGUAGCAUUAAAAUUACUUACUGGAUUAAUAUUAGAGGAUUACAUAAAACUGAGAGAUGUAGCUUUCUUUGCUUUGUUGUGCAUGCUUGAAGAUCCUGAUGAUCAAGUACGUCAAGAAACUUCAUCAUUUAUUGUUAACUAUUUAUUGAUUAAAAAUAAAGAUAUAAUGGAACGGAAGCUAAUAGAAGUGAUUUUUCAUUUUAAUGGCUAUACUGGAGUGCGUGCAAGUGGUGUUGAAGAUUGUUUUACUAAUCCUGAGCUAAAGGCAUUUUUUUCAAUGGAAGGCGAUUCAAAGAAAGCAUCACGUCAUUGUGUUUACAGAUUUAUGUUAACACAUAUGUUGGAUGAUAAUAAGUUAAAACUUAUGGUGAAAAUAUUUAAUAUUUUUGAAGAAGUUGUUAAAGAUGUUAGUGCAACAGCUAACAGUGAAGUCAGAGAUCGGGCUACUCAAGUUAUGAGGGAUGCUUUUUGGAUUUUAAAAGCUAAAGAAAUGGCUUUAACAUCUGGAAAACCACGUGAAAACACCAACGAUGAUGACCCAGGCACAUUAGAAAAAGUGGCUGACUUAGCUAAACAAAGAGUAGUUAUGGAAACGUAUAAGAUGGUGAUGACUGACUACAUAAUACCUGGUGUAUUGAAAUUAAAGUAUGAAUUAGAAAAGAACAAAAGAAAAGUACCUACUGUUAUGAAUGAUUUGCGUGCCUAUUUAUGUGCCCUGACUUCGGCUAAAUCUCCUAUAAAAGCUGAAAUUGUAGAAUUGUUGUCUGUUGAUAGUGAUCUAACUGCUGAAAUUUUACAUGAUAAUAGGCUUAUGAAACAACAUAAUAAACAUUUAGAUGGUGAAAAUGGUAUUGGAGAAAUUGAAUCUGAAGAUGACGAUGAUGAUGACGACCCUGCAACACAUUUAAUGCAAGAUUUGGAGUAUGUGACUUGGGCUCAAACAAUGCAAAUGCGUGAAAAAGCAGAAGAGUCAGGCAUGGAUGUAUCAACACAAGCUCAAAUGGAAGAGGAAAUUCAACAAAAAGUAUCAGAGAUAUCUAUUAAUGAUGAUGAUUUGCAAGAUGUUGCUGCAGCCAAUUUUAGUCAAUUGACAGGGGAAGUAACCGUAAGACCUAUUAAUAGUGAUAAGAAAUCAGUUUCUAAUGACACAUUUAAACAAAUAACAAAUUCUAAAAAUAAUUCAGUUACUCAAUUAACUCCUAAGAAGCGAUUAUCUAAUAAUCAUACAGCAUCCACUGAUUUAGAUGAUGAUAACUUACCUGCUUACAGAUUGUUUGAUUAGUAGAAAUUAAUUGUUUUUAAUUAAACUAUGUAGAAUAAUAGGUGUAUAUAUAUAUAUAUAAAUGUGUGUAUAUUAUGUGUAUAGUUUGUAAGUGUGAUUUAAUUUAAUUUUUCAAAAUGUUUACUUUUAUAAAUUGAUUUAAAAUAAAAAUGUUGAUUUUUGCACUA